UCGUAUCUCCUUGCCUACCCGUUUCCCUUCAGGAAAUGCAGCUCAAAGCCAUGUUCUGGCGCAACAAGCAACGGCCGCAGAUCUCAAUGGCAGAAUCAAGCACUGACGACGUCGCCACAGUCGAAACGAGUCGAGUGACUACCAAAACCACAAAUACAGAGACUGAUCACUAUUUGACCGGCUCGAGGCUUUAUCUUGUCAUCGCAGGGAUAGGCUUUGCUAUCUAUCUAUUCGCUCUUGAUAUAUCGGUAGUGGCCACUGCCAUCCCUUAUAUCACAGCACGAUUCAACUCUACCACAGAUAUUGGCUGGUAUGGAGCUGCCUACCCUCUGUGCAUGUGUUCGUUGCAGCCCAUGGCCGGGAAAAUGUACACAAACUUUUCGCUGAAAUGGACCUUUUUCGUCUUCACUGGCAUUUUCCUUCUCGGCUCCACGCUUUGUGGGGCAGCUGUUAGUUCUCCGAUGUUUAUCCUUGGCAGAGCGGUCUCUGGUGCCGGAGCGGCUGGAAUUUUCUCUGGGGGCCUCUCCAUCCUCGCCGUCGUGGCACCUCUCUCCAAGCGGCCGCUCUAUACAUCUGCACUAGGUUCUCUGUUUGGGGUAGCUACCAUCACUGGUCCAAUCAUAGGAGGUGCAUUAACAACGUCGGUAUCCUGGAGAUGGUGCUUUUACAUCAACCUUCCCGUUGGUGCAGUAACAUUAGUCGCACUGGCGUUGCUCUUCAGACCGCCCGAAAGAGACUCGGAUAAGAAACCUCUGAUGCAGAAGGUACGGCAGAUUGAUACCAUCGGAUGCUUAAUAUUCAUACCAACGAUUGUCAUGACCCUUUUGGCAUUACAAUGGGGUGGUCAAAAAUAUCCGUGGAAGUCGGCCACGGUGAUAGGACUGUUCUGCGGCUCUGCUGUCCUCGCCACCAUAUUCCUCGUCUGGGAAUACCGUCAAGGUGACAAAGCCAUGAUUCCUUUCUCGAUCCUUUUCCAGCGCUCAAUCCUCCUCAGCUGUCUGUUCAGUACCUUGAUGUUUGGUGGGUACCUCCUCAACAACUACUACAUACCCGAGUGGUUUCAGAUCAUCAAAGGUGCCAGUCCACUUCACAGUGGUGUCAUGACACUACCCAUGGUAUGUACGCAAAUUGUUGCUUCGAUCUCGGCGGGUCUGAUCAUCAAUCGCACGGGCUACUACAACCCCUGGUUUUUCAUCGGCAUUGGAUUCAUGGCCAUCGCCGCAGGGCUCUACACUACCCUCACCACGUCAACUCCACAUGCAAAGUGGAUCACGUACAUAGUUUUCCAAGGAAUUGGAGGCACGGCGAUGCAGGCACCGCUUCUCUCGGUCCAAGCGUGCCUGGCCUCCUCUCCACGGCUGAUUCCUGUUGGCUUAUCCACCGCAGCGUUCUUCCAGUAUUUUGGAGGUUCAGUGUUCCAGAGCAUUGGAUUAGCAAUCUUCCAGAAUCAGCUGGUGAAAUCUCUCAAGCACCAUGCAGGUCUCAGGAGCGGCCAGAUGCAACUACUACUGAAUGCCGGGACUGGCCAUGCCCGGAAGGUGACGGAGGCCAGCUUUCCUGAGAAGCUAGACUCGGUCCUGUGGUCUUAUAACAAGGCAAUCACUGCUGUGUUUUAUGCUUCCAUGGCAGCGACCAUUUUAGGAUUCAUCCUCGCGUUUGGUAUCGAAUGGAAGGAUAUCAGAGACAAAUCUAAGAAGACGGCGAGCCUGGAAGGCACCGCAAGGUCGUCAAGUAAGGACAUCAAGAGUAACAGUCCAGAAAAGGUCGCUCAGCAAGACGUGUGAGACCCUCACACAGUCACAGGCAGGAAAAUCUGAGUGCAACAAGCCGUUCCCAUCUCCAUCUCCAUCGAAGGUCGGAGACAGUAAAAGAGUUUCAAUUAUCGUUGGGGCUUAGAGGAUGACGUGGAAAACCAUUCACCACUGAAAUUAGAGCAUGGAUAGCGAG